AUCGAAAUUUCUCUUUUUCUGGAUUCUACUCCUUAUAAACAAACAGUACACAAGAAGACUGACCCAAUUCUACGAUAAUAAUCCCAACUCAUUUACUCACUAGCGUCGUCACUAUUUUUGUCCAAUCCUAGUCCAACCCCAACUUUCCCUCCUCCCCACAACUCUUUCCCUUCAAAAACCAACCCCUCGAAUGGAAAGUAGAAUCAACAUUCAAUUCCAUACAUUCUUUCCUUCUUCUUCAACUUCAACUUCCUCUUUUCUUUAUAUACUUCUACUUCUCUCUCUCUCUUUCCAUGGAGGCUGAGCCUGUGCCAACAACAAUGGAAGAGAGUUUUAAGGGGUUAGUCAGGUUAACCGGUUCUGUCAAGAACUACGAUUGGGGCCGUCCCGCAAAGGAAUCUUGUGUUGCACGACUAUAUAAACUCAAUUCUGGUGCCAAAAUUGAUGAAAACCAGCCUUACGCUGAGUUUUGGAUGGGUACUCACGAUUCUGGCCCGUCAUACGUUGUGGAAGAAAAAGGAAGAACAACUGAGAAUAAUGGAUACUCUAAUGGUGGUGGAAUUAAAGACAAGUGUACUUUGAAAGAUUGGAUUGAAAAGAACCCUAGUGUUCUUGGUGAUACUGUUCUUACCAAGUGGGGUACCCAACUUCCAUUUCUCUUCAAGGUACUCUCUGUUGCAAAAGCUUUGUCUAUACAAGCGCAUCCGGACAAGGAUCUGGCAAUUCUUCUGCAUAAGGAGCAGCCACUCGUUUACAAGGAUGACAAUCAUAAACCUGAGAUGGCUUUGGCUUUGACCGAAUUUGAGGCCUUGUGUGGCUUCACAAGUCUUGAGGAGCUUAAAGUGAUUGUUCAGACUGUACCUGAGAUUGUUGAAGUGGUUGGUGAUGCGCUUGCGGAGCGAGUAUUGGACUUGAACGAGGAUGACGAAGAGGAGAAAGUUAAGUUAGUGCUCAGAAAUUUAUUCACGGAGAUGAUGUUAGCUAGCAAGGAUGUGAUCACGGAAGUGCUUGCUAAGCUGAUUAGUCGUCUAAACAUUAAAAAUAAGGCAAGGGAACUGACUGACAAAGAACAACUGGUCCUAAGACUUGAUAAGCAGUAUCCAGCUGAUGUUGGUGUUUUAGCUGCAUUCUUGUUUAAUUAUGUGAAGCUCAAACCGGGUGAAGCUUUAUAUUUAGGGGCAAAUGAACCCCAUGCAUAUGUCUAUGGUGAGUGUAUUGAAUGCAUGGCGACCUCGGACAAUGUGGUACGCGCUGGCCUAACCCCCAAACACCGGGAUGUUAGAACUCUCUGUUCAAUGCUCACGUAUAGACAGGGUAACCCUGAAAUUCUGCACGGUACGACAAUAAAUCCGUACACAGUGAGAUACCUCCCUCCUUUUGAUGAAUUUGAGGUGGAUCGUUGCAUUCUUCCCGCACAUUCAACUGUUGCCUUCCCAUCUGCUCCUGGUCCGUCCAUGUUUGUGGUCAUGGGAGGAGAGGGAACAAUGACCACAUCGGCGGAAGAGAUUGUUGGUGAAGGUGAUGUCCUAUUUGCACCUGCAAAUACCAGUAUUACCAUUGCAACCUCCUCUGGUUUGCACUUCUAUAGAGCAGGAGUAAACAGUAGAUUUUUCAAAGAAUGAUAGUUGUAGCCCCAGCCCUUAUGCUUGCUAAUAAAACUGUGUUUCCAUGUUACAAUGGCUGUUCCAGCUGUAUUAUUAGCAUGUGCAGGUAUAUAGCCGCUUCAGUUAAUGUAGUUUUGUAAGUAAAUAACUUUAUUGAGAGGGUG